AUGACCGCUGUGGUUCCUAAAGACAUCACUAGUACUGUUCCAACUGAUGACCGGAAAAUGUCCAAUUCUGAAGCAAAGGCCUUAAAAAAUACUUGCAGUGUCCUUCUUUCACCUUUGUAUGCGCCGGUCGCAAAGUCCAUGUCUGUCAACAAUCCAAUUCAGCAUUUAGAAUCUGACAACUUGAUCUGGGAACCUCGUGCGACAAAUGGUGGUGGUUCUUUCCAAAAUAAUGGUACUACUAUUCCCACUUCUAUUGAUGUGGAAUGCGAUAAUAGUGUUGUCAACGAAGAUCCGUAUCAACAGGCUCUUUACAGUAUUGCUUUUGCUAAGCCAUUGGUCAUUCCAUCUGCCUGGUCUUCUCUUGAGGAUUUAACUACUCCUACUACUGCUACUACAAGUUCUACUGCGACUUCUCGUUGCUCUACUCCUGUUACUAAUGGAUGGUCGUUAAUUGAUCAUCCCGCUGAAAAUUUUAUACCACAACGAGAUUCUAAUUCAACUCUCAGAUCUCAACUUCGAUGGGUAGUUUUAUUAGCAAUUCUUCUGACUUACCUUCAAACCCUCUUGGUUCGUCGUUCAAGCAAUCCUACUGUUAUCUCGGAUGUUGCUUCUGAACAUUCUGAAAAAUCUACUAUUGAACUCGAGAAGGAACAAAAGAAAGCCACAUUAUAUAAAACAGAAAUGUGUAGAAAUUGGGAAGAACGUGGUUCGUGCCGUUAUGGAAACAAAUGUCAAUUUGCUCAUUCUGAUUCUGAAUUACGAAAAGUCACUCAUCAUCCAAAGUACAAGACUGAAAUUUGUAAAACCUUUUGGCAAAAUGGUACUUGCCCUUAUGGCAAACGAUGUUGCUUUAUUCAUAACGACAAAAGCCGCCUUAUUCUUUGCAAAAGAAGAAAUAGUGCUGACAAUUUAAAAAAUUCGAGUAAAAAUAGCAAAUCCAAAGGUUUAAGUAAAGUUGGAAGUGACCCUGCACUUUAUGGAUCUUACGUUAAUGAUUCCGCAUCGUCUAGAACCAUACAACCUGUAACUUCAAAUUUAAAAGGUACUACUAAUUCUUCAAGUACAGAAUCCCUUCGAGCUUUCACAGAUGCUUACUUUUCGGGUCCAUUGGUUCUUCCUGGAUCGAUCUCAAAUGAUCCAAUUUUGAAUGGUGAAAUUUCCACCGUUCAUGAUGAAUCUCAUCCAGGUAGCUCCUCCACUAACGUUAAUACAACAUCGGCGAAUACUCGAGACGAUGAAGACGAUGAAAUCAACGUUCCGCCAGGUUACGCCGAUAAGCCUCUGUUAUUACGUGAACUGUUAACCGACGAUAGAACAUCGACUAUUUACGAGUUUAAUUCGAUUCAACCUGAUCUAUACGAAACAAAAUUGGAUCAAAAUGAUCAUGCACAAGCGCGUCGAAGAGCAUCGACAACUUCAUGUCGAUUAGAGAAAGCAAAUGUUGUCAAUAAUACUUCUAACGUUGUUGGUAAUACUAUUUUAAGAGAAAGAAGCGUUAGUAUGAGUGUUAAGCAACCCACAAAUCUCGUGUCUGUUGUUGGUCAAAAUCGUGGAAGAAGGUUGGCAAUAUUCAGAAAUUUGGGUUAG